GACAGUCUGUCGCUUGGCAUUUGUUUACGUUUAGUUAUUUUUGCAAAAGAAUACGAUUAAAAUCAAUUCGCCAAAAUGUCGUAUAUGUUACCGCAUUUACACAAUGGCUGGCAGGUGGACCAGGCCAUACUCUCAGAGGAGGACCGAGUCGUUGUCAUACGCUUUGGACACGAUUGGGAUCCGGCGUGCAUGAAAAUGGACGAGGUGAUGUACAGCAUUGCCGAGAAGGUCAAAAACUUUGCGGUCAUCUAUUUGGUGGACAUAACCGAGGUGCCCGAUUUCAAUAAAAUGUACGAACUGUACGAUCCCUGCACGGUCAUGUUCUUUUUCCGCAACAAACAUAUUAUGAUUGAUUUGGGCACCGGUAAUAACAACAAAAUCAACUGGCCGCUGGAGGAUAAACAGGAAAUGAUUGACAUUGUGGAGACGGUAUAUCGUGGCGCACGCAAAGGACGUGGUCUAGUCGUUUCGCCCAAGGAUUACUCAACCAAAUAUAGAUACUAAGUUCGAAUUUGUUUAGUACAAUAGUUUAGGCAUUAUAUAGCUUGAUUUUAGUUCAACAUGAAAUGUUUGUUGACUUUGGCCACUUUUGUGUAUAUUUUGCUUUUGGUUUAUUAUUUUUUUUUGUUGUCACAUUUCUCAAUAAUAUCGCUAACAUUUACAUCAAUUUGGGUUUUUCUUUUUUUCUUUUAUAUAUGUAUAACAUUUAACUAAGUUGUUUUUUUUUUUUUUUGAAUAGCUCUUUGGCUUCGUAACUGUAUUAAAUAGUAUAAUUUUUCAAUUGCUUUUCUCAUGCUUAAUGCCAGUUUUUACCAAUUGUGAUUUAAAUUUAGCUAAAGAUUAUGGAAAUCAGAAGUUGGAUUGUGUGAAAAAAAAAACACUUUAUAGAAAUUGUAUUAGUACAAAAGUAUAAAAGCAAACGGCACAACAAAACGAGUCUCAAGUUAAACAAUAAAUAAAACAUUUUCUAAAGUACAUCUAGAGUUUCUUAUGAAUGCGCUGAACCAUAUCCAAUACAAUUUGGGUUUUCACUUAUUAUUAUUCGUUUAAUACAACAGCUCGGUUUUUAUUUUGUGUUUCUUAUUUUUGUAAUAAGCUUAGGUUUAACAAUUGGUUCUGCUACAUUUCCUU